UAGCACACACAGAACCAACACAAAGCCGCAUGCGCUCUGUAAACAAGCGCACGGUACAAGAGUAAUGGAUACCGCUGGCCUGGGGCUGGGAACGUUGUAGCUAAUAGCAUUGACUCAGGCACUGCUAAAAAUAUAUUAUAGGACAGAGAUAGUAAAUAUUUUGUCUUUAAGAUGAAACUAACCCGAAAAUUAGUGCUUGCUAGGGCAAAAGCGUCGGACCUCGACAGCGUUAAGAAACUCAAUUGCUGGGGUUGCAACCUGACAGAUAUCUCAAUAUUCACAGAAAUGCCCAAUAUUGAAGUUUUGACUCUAAGUGCUAAUCAGAUCUGUUCCCUGGAGCACGUGAGUCAGUGCCAGAGCCUGACGGAGCUGUAUCUGAGGCGGAACUCCAUCCAGAGCCUGAGCGAGCUGAGCCACCUCAGGCACCUGGCCCAGCUGCGGGUGCUGUGGCUGGCAGAGAACCCCUGCUGCGGCAGCGACCCUGUGAAGUACCGCAUGACCGUACUGCGCAACCUGCCGAGCCUGCACAAGCUGGACAAUCAGGUGGUGACAGAGGAGGAGCUGGCCCAGGCUCUAGAGGAAGGGGAGGUGAUCGGUAAUCCCCCAGCACCAGUCCCAAUCUCUGCUAACGGGCUCACAGAGGCCGACACAGAGAAUGACCCCCAAAACUACAGCAUGGAGGAGACAAAUAAAAUCCGAGAGCAACUGGGAAUGAAGCUUUUACCAAGAGAUAAAUUUCCAUCGCUCUCCUCUCCACAGACUUCGGGUAAAAAGAGUCACGUACUGGAGGCAGUCUUGCUUCUCUUGAAGGAGCUCAACUCUGAGGAGCUCCAGCUUGUCCAGAAGACGGCAGAGUCUCGACAGCGUGCCCUGCACAGACACAGCAGCCCGCCCGAGAGGAGUGAUGUCAUCCAGCUGUGUGACUGAGCCCAGCCAGGAGGGGGCAACAGCGAGGCGCAUGCCUGUAGAAGAGUGACCGCAUCCACUCCCACUAUAGAACCACCUACCCCAUCACCCCAUGCGCAUUUACUGGAAUCAGGAAUAUGGAACCCAUUGAAAUCUGACACCAUGACCUUUUCCAGGACUUUCAUACCUGGUGGACACUUGGUGGUUUUUCUUGCUCAGAGCAGGAAGUGACUGUGGCUCUGAACUGAAGGCUGGUGGAGUUCUCUUCCGCUUUGUUUGAGCUGUAACAGACUUAUCUCCUGUCCCGUCUUGUGAAGAUGCUGGCUUGCUUAAUCACGCCAUUUUGUGUCUUCUAUCACCAACUGCACAAUUGCCUCGCUGAGCUUGAGUACAGUGAACAGUAUCAACACAAAUUCUACAUUUUAUAUAAACACUAUUGAAACUAUUUAUCAGAAGCACUUUAGUUGAAGCAGUAUUGUUAUACUAAUUUCAACAAAGAACACAAUUUUGUUGACUAAUGACAGUAACUCGUGCUGUUUAACUUUAGUUAGUCAGGGUACUUGUGUGAAAAGUUACAUGUUUGGUUGCUAUACAUUUGCCUUCAAAAUAACUGCAUAAAGAUUCAUGUAUAUUUUCUGUAUGCAAAUAAACAGAAAUGCACAAAA